AUCACAUCACACAAAGCUGCGAUCAUGGACCUCGACGAUCUGUGAGCUCCACAGCAGGCUCCAGGACCAUUUCGACACAAUGAUAGCUGACCGCCCACUCCUUCCAUCACAACCUUUGCCUCUUCGUCGUGCACAUCGCCAUGUCCCCCUGGCAAUCUCACUGCCCAUCUCCACCACCGCUGCCACCUUGGCUACGCCCACGCCUCGCCUCUGCCUCCCUCCCCAACCUCAGCGGCAACAAGAUUGCCAAUCUGACCUUCUACGACAUCAAGUCAGCCUGGACUCAAGCAAAGAAUUACGCUCUCAAUAUCUCCGAGAUCGAGGCCAAAGUCAACGAGGCCACCAAUGACGACCCUUGGGGCGCCUCGUCCACGUUGAUGCAGGAGAUUGCAGGUGCCACCCACAACUUCCAGGACUUCAACGAGAUCAUGCCGUGCAUCUUUCGCAACUUCAUGGAGAGAGAGGCAAGGGAAUGGCGUCAGAUCUACAAGUCGCUUCAACUCCUUGAGUACAUCACCAAGCACGGCUCAGAACGCGUAGUCGACGACGCACGCGCUCACCUGGGCACGAUCAAGAUCUUGCGCAACUUCCACUACAUCGAUGAGGCGGGCAAGGAUCAGGGGCUCAAUGUCCGCAAUCGAGCGAAAGAGCUCGCCGACCUCCUCUCCGACGUAGACCGCAUUCGCCAAGAGCGUCGCAAAGCUCGCUCCAACCGCCAAAAGUACCAAGGUGUGAGCAACUCGGACUUCGUUCCGGGCUCUGGACAAGGUCGAUACGGUGGCUUCAGCAGUGAGAGCUACCAUGCUGGUGGGGUUGGAGGGAGCAGUAGCGGUGGUGGUGGAGGGGGAGGAGAAGGGGCAAGGGAGAGCUUCGACGAGUACGAUGCGGGAGAUGAUGAGGACGGUGCCGCAGCCAGCAAGCCGCCUCCAAGCGCUAGAGCUUCAACUUCUUCGCGAAGGACUGGGAGCGCUCCUGCGCCUCCAUCGAAGGGCAAGAAGCAGGCAGAGGCCAAGGUGGCAGACCUCUUCUCCUUCGAUGAUGAGGAGGCUGCUGCCCCUGCUGCUCCUGCGGCAAGUGGAUCGGGGGACGCGUUUGGCGACGACUUUGACGAUUUCCAGGCUGCGCCUAGUGGCAGCGGUAAGGCUCCUGCAGCUACCCCGGCCGCUCCAGCCGCCAAAGCUCCAGCAGCAUCGUCGAACGGCAACAAAGGCGGCAACAACGUUUUCGACUUCCUCGGCGGGGAUGACUUCGGCUCUGCGCCAUCGGCAGCCCCUCAACAGCAACGCGCGCAACCCUCCUCGGCCCUCUCGCCACCGAUGCGCCCAGCCAUGUCUUCCAACCCCUCCGCUUCCUCUCUCGGUGGCAGCUCUGUCCUCUCACCCCAGCAGCGAAGCUCAACCGCUUCUUCCGCGACGUCAGCAUCCACGGCCUCCAAGCCCUCUGGUGGUCUCUCAGGCUUUGACGACCUCUGGUCAUCUUCGAACAGCGGUAGCUCUACUCGUGCGGGAGCGACAGGGAAGAAGACGAUGGCUGAUUUGGCCAAGGAGCAGAGUGGAAUGGGAGUGUGGGGUGGUGGCGGUAGCAAGCCGCCAAUGGGUGGUCAGGCGGGAGGGGCAAGUCAGAAGAAGCAGGACCUUUUCGACCUCCUCUAAGGCCGCGGUGCGAGCUGACCGCCGACUGUGACAUUAUCUUUCUUACACCUACUAGUGUCGCUACAAUCAAGUGCUUGCUGCUGCUGACUCCUUUGCGCUCGACCCACCUCUGCCUCCACGCUUGCGGCGCUUUUUUCUGGACGGGCCGUCCUCGUCGACUCCUCUAUCCUCCUCCUUCUCCUUCGCUUGACCGUUCAUCUUGGUCGACCCCUUGCUAUUCGUCCUGGCCGUAACUCGCUUCUCCUCCCCUCUGACAUCCUCCUUGGCAGGCCCAUCCAUCUGCUUCGCCGGCGCCCGCGCCUGCUCCUGUUGCUGCUCCUGUUCCUGUUCCUCCAACUUCCUCUUCUUGAGCCUGUUGGCCUCGGUUCUCUCCUCGAUCUCUCUCGUUCUCCUCUCCUUCUCCCGCUUCUCUUCUUCGAGGA